AUGGCCCUCCCAACACACCACGCCCAUCCGCCGCCGCCUCCUCUGCCCAUACCACACAUGGGCUCCUUCCACACCCCUCAGCAGGUCUCGCCGCCAGGCCCACAAGGCCAACAGCACCCUGGCUCGGCCGGUGAUGCCACCGACAGAGCACGAGCACGAGCAUACAAGUCGCGUAACAAGAGACCAUGCGACUUCUGUCGAUAUAAGAAGGCUGCCUGCCAUCUCGAAGCGAAUCCUCCGUGUGAGCUGUGCAUCAGGUUCAACAAGGAGUGCACCUUCGUCGAAUCCCCCGCCAAGAGACGAAGACCCAACGAGCAGACGACAGAGAACCAUAAAGCAGUAGACGGCGUCUUCAAGCACGGCACGAAUGGGAGCAUCGACAGCAGUGCGCAGUUCAGCAAUGGCGGCAUCAACGGCAUGGACAUGCAGCAGGACAUCAUGCCUUGGGAGAGCAACAUGACGCCCUUUGAAAUGCCAGGCAUGGCCAUGAACGGCGGAGGAAUGCAGCAGGACUUUCCAUUCGACCCUCAGCUAUACCACGCGCCCAUGAAUUUCGAAACCUUCGAGCCAAUGUCGGCCUCCACGAGCAAUGGCAAUACCUUGGCGCACAAGUUUCCCGACCACCACCAGGCCCGAUCGUCCAUGGGCGCAUCCUCUCCUCAAUCGCAGCCGUCGAGCUUGCCAGCGAACUUACAGCUUCCCUUCGACUCGACCAGCGGCGAGCCUUCCCUCGAUCGACAGAACUCUUCCAAUGCUCAGAUUGUGGGCAUCAGCGGGGAGUCGGAUCCUUACCUACUCUCCAAGUACAGAUACGAUGAAUACAACGAAGCGACGUUCCAAUCAGUGAGGAUGCGGAAGAUGAACAGUGGACCAGGCGAGAACGACAGCACGAUACCCACAUUCUUCAUGAUACAGCACAAUGCGUUGGCGUCAAAAGCACAGCCACAAGACAAGUCAGACACGCAAGAUAGGUGGCGGCGGGAGCUGGAGGACAUUGUCAGCGAUGAGAUAGGCAAGCGGCUGAUCAGACUGUUCUACAAAUAUGUGCAACCAUACUUUCCUCUGCUGAGUCGCGAGGGCGGGGCAAGAGACGUGGACGGAGUGCAAGUACCGCGAGAGAUUCCACCCUGUGUGCUGGCUGCCAUCUAUGGACAUGCUCUGCCUUUCUGUGCUUGGGACGAGAAGCUGUGUGUGGAAGUGUAUACACCUCCAUCGGCUGACGCGCUCUUCAAGAUCGCAUGGCAGUCGUGUCAACCAUUACUGCACACGCCGAGCAUCUCGGUCAUGCAAACAUUAUUAUUACUGGUACAGCGACGGCCCACAAACCGACAUGUCAGCGACACACCUUUCAAGUGGGUCAUGAUGUCCACUGCAGUAAGCAUUGCGCAGGCGCUAGGUCUGAACCGAGAUCCCACAGAUUGGCCCAUUCCUUCGUGGGAAAUCAAGCAACGCAAGCACUUGGCGUGGGCGGUCUACAUACAAGACAAGUGGUUGGCACUCAACUUCGGACGCAGUAGCCACAUACAGGCUGACGACUGGGAUGUGCCGCCACUCACGCAUGAUGAUUUCCCCGAGGUGGAUCGAAGAAGCGAUGACUUCGGUGACAGCAGAGCAGACUCCGCUGUACAGCACUUCAUCAAGCUUUGUGAGCUCACCUUGAUCGUGGAUGACAUCUUGCGGGACCUGUUCAGUAUCAAGGCAACGAGACAACUUCAUAAAAGCCUGGAGGCCACAUUGGAAGUCGCCAAACCGUUGCGCAUCCGCCUGACAGAGUGGUACCAAACACUUCCACCUGGCCUACUUCCAGAUCAGCCUAGUGGCACUUCUUCCAUGGGCUCGUCAGACAGCAACCAUCGACGGAAAUUGAUGCAGCUUGAGCUGGACGGGAAUGGAUCGUUGCAGCUGGCGUACAUCACAGCAAAGAUGGAGCUCUUUCGUGCGAUGCUUAGAUCGAGAGUAACGGACUCGAAUGCCGCAGCCGUCACAGCACUGCGUACUGGAGCACUGGCCGUGGCGAAAGAAAUCUCAGAUUUUCUGGAGUGCUUGAACGCGAGAGAGCUGGAAGCCUUUUGGGCGAGCUACUCCCGCACAAACUUUACCAUCGCCUCUUCGUUCAUGCUACUGCUCUUCGUCACAUCGCCAGGAGUAGCCGACGCCAAAGAAUGCUUGGGACUGCUCAAGGCCUGGCGAAGCUUGCUGCGAAUCAAGAGCAGGAGCUGUGAUUUGCUUAAUCUUGCACUAUUACGACUCGAUGGUGUGUUUGUCGCUGGCAUGGAAAGGCUUAUUGAGCUCAGUCCUGCAGCACAACAAGCUUGGGUGGACAGUGGACAGGGAAAUAAUUGA